AUGAUUACCCUGGAAGAGAUAUUAACAGCCUGUCCUAAUCUUAUUUCGCUCACUGUGACUCAAUACGGCGAUGGAGUUAUCGCCGAUCUUCCAAGUGCAACGUGGCCCAACAUUUCAGCAUUAUCAAUUGAGCUUACAGAACCAGACCCAUGCAUUACGCGUGAUGAGAUAAUACAUCUCUGCGACCAUUUCCCAUCACUCAAAGAGCUCCAUCUCGAUCCAUGUGUCGACAUCGAAUCCGUUCUCAUCAUCCCACAGCGUUUCCCCUUGAUGACAAGUGUUGAGCUGGAGAUCUUUUUAACACACGUGGGUGUGACCUACAAGAGCAGUGGAUACCAAGAGCUAUCAAUGACGAAGCUUUCCGUCACCAUCCAGCAUUGGCAAGAAGAUGACGAUUUGGUGGAUAUGAUUCCUAUUUUGAGGCAGCAUCAUGAAACGCUAGAGGACAUUCAAUGGAACAUAUACCCUGAGAGAGAUUAUGGAGGACUUGCCCACAUCCAGUACCCAAGCCUCAAAAAGCUGUCGCUGAGCUCUUCAGGAUCGUUUAUAUUACACAAUGCGCCCAUGUUGGAAGAAUUGAAAAUGUCAUCCACCGCAAUCAAUGCCGACACGCGUAUGCUGGAUACAAUACCACCACGUUUGAAGAUCCUCGAAUUCGACUUUGACGAUGGACAAGAGCUUAACGAUGAAAAGGCAAUUGAACGCUAUCUCCAUCGCAUCUCACAUCAAUGUCUACUACAAGACCUUACUAUCGGCCUCAUCGACGUGGAUACUUCAGGCAAUGUGCUGAAUGCAAUUUGUGGUUUACGCACGCUUCAACGUGUGGUGGUUGGUUUUGCCGAGGUUCGGAAGCCAUAUCAAAUGGAAAGAUUCCUUGAAGGUCUCGUGCAUGGAUGCCCUCAUUUAUUGUGCCUUGAAAUUGAUUGCAUGAUCGCGCCAUCGACAUAUUCCAUCGAUACCUUGAAACGACUUGAACGCCUAAAGCACUUUGCGUUUUCAAUCAACGACACAUGUGGCUAUGAUAGUUUUUGGCGUGCGAUUGGAACUUUUACUCAGCUCAAGCGUAUUCAUGUUUACCCAGAGAAUGAAGUCAACCAGUUGGAAAUUGAACGUCUUAAGCAGCAACGACCUGACAUGAAGAUUAUUGUGGAUGACAAGUUCGCGCGAUACUGA